GGGUGUUUCAGGGUAUCAAGAAAUCAUGUAUCAAUGUCUUGUGCUCUGAACUCUUGUAGUUUAGUGUUGACCUUCAUUAUAAUACAGCCAUGUUAACGUCACACAUGAACGUUGACAUGCCGGGGGACUCAGGUGACGACGCUGAGAUAGACAUGGAUGGUCCUGCCAAACUCAUCGCUCCGGACCAGAUGGGAAAAUCCCAAGACAGUCCAGAGGAAGUGAUGAUGAUGAAGGAGGAGGAAGAGGCUUUUGAACAGACACAGGACACUGAUCUGAACUCUUCCUCGUGUCUCGAAUUGACACAGAGCAGCAUUGAUGGCAACAAUCAUCUGUUUUUUGAUGCAACGGAUGUUGCCAAGUCCACCUCAGAAGAGGAAACUACAACAGAGCUGGAUGAUUUGCUUGACUCUCUGCAGCGUCUGCAGGUGAAUCUGACUGAUGUUGAGAGUCAGGAGGACGUUCAGCUGCUGCUGGAGCUGCUGCUGCAGACAGACUUCCAGCAGGCGUUCAGCAUGCACCGUAGCGUGGCUCUGGGCAUAAGACACCUGUGCCCGCCGUACCCGCUCACCGCACAUGCCCAGCAGAUCAGGGAUGAGGUGGAAAGUGUCCUACAGUGCAGUAAACACACUGAAGCCACAGAACUAACAGGCCUGUUGACUUCACCACACCUACAGGCCCUGAUGGAAGCUCAUGACUGUAUAGCCGAGCAGGAAUUGGAUGUUGAAAUUAUUGAAGAUGUGGACCAGGAUGAAAAGACCACCAAACUGGUUUCCCUGGAGAAAACUCGUGACAUGCCUCUGGGUGUGACGGUUCGUAACGAACAUGACUGCGUCAUCAUCAGCCGGGUGGUGAGUGGAGGAACAGCAGAGAAAAGCAACUUGCUCAGUGAAGGAGAUGAAAUACUGGAAAUCGAUGGCGUUCCAGUCCGUGGAAAAAGUGUUAAUGAUGUUCACAACAUACUGUCCAGCAUGCAUGGGUCCCUCACAUUUCUCCUCAUCCCAAACUCUCAAAACAAAAUAUCUCCUCACAGACCAACUGUGAUGCAUGUAAAAGCAAACUUCAGCUAUGACCCAUCUGAGGACCCAUAUGUGCCGUGCAGAGAGCUCGGCCUGUCCUUCCAAAAGGGAGACAUCCUCCACGUCACUAGCCAGGACGACCCCAACUGGUGGCAGGCGUACAGAGAAGGUCAUGAGGACCAGAAGCCCCUCGCUGGCCUCAUUCCUGGGAAGAGCUUCCAACAGCACAGAGAAGCCAUGAAGAAGACCAUCACAGACAGGAAUCAAGAGUAUAAAGGGAAACUUUGGUGUGCUAAGAAAAGCAAAAAGCAACGAAAGAAACUAUUGUAUAACCCUAAUAAAAAUAUUGAGCUUUACAGUGAAGAUAUACUGACCUAUGAGGAGGUGGCACUGUACCAUCAGCUGCCCAACCACAAGCGUCCCGUCGCCCUGAUUGGCCCACCAAACAGCGGACAUGAUGAAUUGAGACAGAGACUGCUGUCCUUACAGCCUGACCGGUUCGCCGGUGCUGUUCCACACACCACACGAAACCCCCGCACGCAUGAGCUCAAUGGAAGAGAGUACAAUUUUGUAUCACGACAGAGCUUUGAAUCUGAACUGGCUGCAGGGAAAUUCAUCGAAUCGGGCGAGUUUGAACAGAACCUGUACGGCACAAAUACGGAUUCAGUCAGACAGGUUGUCAACUCAGGAAAAAUCUGCCUGCUGUGUCUGCAGCCCAGGUCCCUGCGAGUGCUGUGUUCCUCAGAUCUUAAACCGUACAUCAUCUUCAUCAGGCCUUCUCUUCCUCCUCCUCCUCUUCCUCCUCCUCAGGAGCGAUUCUCCACCCUGCUGGCCAGAGGAGUGAAGAAACACACGCCUGAGGAUGCAAGAGAGACGUUGGAGAAAGCACGUGAGAUGGAGCACAGCUACGGUCACUUGUUUGAUGCCGUCAUCACGAACAGCGAGCAGGAGAAAACCGUCUCUGAGCUGCUGCGAAUCAUUGACAAACUGGACCUGGAGCCGCAGUGGGUCCCUUCUGCCUGGGUCAGCUAAAAAACACUUCCAUUGAGAAAUACUGAUGGAUUUUCAGUGUUCAAUGAACCUAAUUUGUGGUCUAACUAAACGCCACUCUGAAUAAACCAUGCUGAGGUCACGAGUCAACAUGGCAUAUAGUAAGCUAGACAUCAUUCACAGUAUGUUAGUAUUCCAUUUCGAACAUGACCGAGAUGCUGCAAUAUGGAAUUUUCCUUAAGUUUUCUUCAUUUCCGCAAUAUUGUUUUUACCAUAUUUUGUGUUUGUAGCAUUUGACCUGUAACAUUUCCAUACCAUUAAUAAAAAGCAUAGACAUUCUAGAAAUUAUUUUCUAAAUAUAGAUACAUAAAGUAUUUCUUCAUCCAUAGAGGAUCAUAUUUGUUUCAUAGAGCUCAUCUGUUUCCAUGUUCUUACAUCAGUAAAGUGACGUUGUUGAAUGUAUAAUUUGACAAUACCUAAGUCAAAACUAAUGUUAAAAUUGUUUUUAAUUAAAAAAGUUAAAUAAAAAAUGUUAAUGCAGUUU